AUGACUGCGCUUUUUGCGAGCCUUAUGAGUCAAAACUGUGGACAGAUGCGGCUGUGGUUGAUUGUCAACCACGUGGGUUUGGGCAGUACAGCGGCCGCUAUCAUCGGAGGUCAGUUACUUGUGAGUGGAUUUGAAUAUCUUCCACUCCUUGGCAGAACAGCACAUUUGGUUGUGACAAAGUAUUGCAAUCACUCUUGCAUUGCCCUCUAUUUCUUACUUGCUGAAGUCGACCGAAUCAACUGCCAAGCUGAAGCCCAAGAGGCGACAGCAUUGCGAAAUCAAUAUCAAGGCUCCAUUCGGCAUGCAUCAUGCUCUGAAGUUCAAGAUGAGGUGAACAUUCGGAAUGAGAUAGGUGAUCAGGUUGAUGAAGUGGACAAAGUGAUCCAAGUUUUGUUGAAGGCUGGCAUGACAUCGGAUGCACUUCGAGAUGCACAUUUGCAGGGAGUCGAACUUCGGCAUGCGGGAUUCGUUCAACUAGCCAUCCCUGUGCUUGUGCUUGGGCCUUUGUUGAUGCUGGGCUGUUGGCUUGUGGGUCGCUAUAUCUAUUUGCUUGUUGAAGAGGCUGAUCCGAUCCCCAGAGUCUAUACGUUGUGGGCGUGUAUUGAAACCGAAUCAGUCCUUGCUCGGUUUAUGUUCUUGGGUCUAUUUUGCAGAAGCUCCAUCGAUGAAAGAUGUUUCAUGCUGAACGUGAUGGCAAAGAUUGUGACCGUAUUCUAUUUUUGCUUGGUGGAACUGGGUCCUUUGGGGAAUCAAGCCAUGUUUUCUAUACUGCUCAUUGUGUACUGCCUUUCCUUCUUGGCAGUGCUCGUUUUUUCUGCCUUGGGCAUCCGCGGUACAUUGAAGUUACCAUGUGGCAGGCUUUUGGCCCAAUUCUUUGUCUCACGACUGAGCCUUCCAUCUCAGUUCCACCCGGUGGAGACCGAGUCUUCCGACCUGGCGAGCGCAUCGGACGACGCAUCGAGUAGCGGAUCCUGA